AUGCAGAAGCUCUUGCGCCGAAGCCCUACUGGGUCCCCAAUUCUCUGCACUGUCCUUAACCCAUCUUUCGUUCUACCAGUAAAAACCACCCAAAACUUUAUAUCUCUUGGGGUUUACCGAAACACCCACUUUCUCUGUCUAGGGUUUAAGCCGAAAACCCCUCACACUCCGCUAUACAUUAUGCCCCCCACCGCGACUCUCCGCUUCCACCCAUCUGUCGGUGUCGCCGCCGUGAAAAAUAACCCGUACACCUCUACUGCUGUCGCCUCUUCUACCAUCAGUUCUCAGGUUUUUUCUGCCAAUAAUUGCAGAAUUUGUCGAUGUUCCAUUGAAAACGCCAACGGAGUGAGGGCUUGGGUAGGUUUCAAGAACCGCCGGAGUGGGUCGCUGUGGGCGUGGUUUAGCACUAUUCCCGAUGAGGGUUUAUCAGUGGCUGCGGCCAAGGGGUCUGAGACCUCAGAGAGUUAUGCGGUUGAGAAUGGGGGAGAGAAUGAGAAGGGAGUGGUGGAUUCUUCGGAGGAAAAGUCAGUGAGAUUGCAUAGGAGGCAGAAGGGUAGUGGAGGAGGUAUGGCAUUGCCAGGGAGUCCCGAUUUGUUGACUAUUCCAGGGGUGGGACCUAGGAAUUUGAGGAAGUUGGUGGAGAAGGGUAUUGGGGGUGUUGCCGAGCUCAAACAGCUCUACAAAGAUAAGUUCUUUGGGAUGUCAAGUCAGAAGAUGGUUGAAUUUUACGGAGUUCAGUUGAAACGCCUUACUUUCUGUGUUGAGGGAAAUAUCAGUGUUGGGAAGACAACUUUCCUUCAGAGAAUAGCUAAUGAAACACUCGAGCUACAGGAUCUUGUCGAGAUUGUCCCAGAACCUAUCAACAAAUGGCAGGAUGUUGGACCAGACCACUUUAAUAUAUUAGAUGCUUUUUAUGCUGAGCCACAAAGAUAUGCUUAUACCUUCCAAAACUAUGUGUUUGUUACAAGAGUUAUGCAGGAGAGAGAAUCAUCCGGUGGACUUAAGCCCCUCAGAUUGAUGGAGAGGAGUGUUUUCAGUGAUAGGAUGGUAUUUGUGCGAGCUGUUCAUGAGGCAAAUUGGAUGAAUGAGAUGGAGAUCAGCAUUUAUGACUCAUGGUUCGAUCCAGUUGUUUCAAGUUUGCCCGGCCUUAUACCCGAUGGUUUUAUUUAUCUUAGAGCAAGCCCUGAUACUUGUCACAAGCGAUUGUUGCUACGGAGGAGAGCAGAGGAAGGUGGAGUAACGCUGGAGUAUCUGCGUGACUUGCAUGAAAAGCAUGAGAGCUGGCUUUUCCCAUUCCAAAGUGGAAAUCAUGGGAUUUUAUCUGUCAAUAAGCUUCCCUCGGAAGUGGAUUGCUCAUUACAUCCUGAUAUAAGGGAUCGCGUGUUUUACUUGGAGGGUAACCAUAUGCAUUCAAGCAUUCAAAAGGUUCCAGCUUUGGUUCUUGAUUGUGAACCCAAUAUAGAUUUCAGCAACGACAUUGAAGCAAAGCAGCAGUAUGCUCAACAAGUUGCAAAGUUCUUUGAAUUUGUGAAGAAAAAGAAAGAAGUUCCAGCUCCAAAAGUUGGUGAAGCAGCAGCAUCGAGUAGCAAACCUCAGGUGUUACUGCCCCACAAGGGUUUGUGGGUGCCUGAUGGAAAGCAUUUCCCUAAGUCAGCCCUCGAGUCUUUGGAUUUCCGACGUGCCAUAUCAUUCAUGUCUGGGCAGUAG